GUUAGUGAUAAAAGAAAAAUAAAUUUAAUAUUUUCAAUUUUAAAUAAAAUUUGUAAUUAAAAAACAAAAAAAUUAAGGGCAGCUGAACGUUCUUUGUCUUAAAAUAGGAAUUAGUGUUCUAUUUUUAAAACUCCUGAUGUUUCCGGACAACGAUUUCAUUCGAUAUUAGACUUUACGCCGGUGUGUUCAUAAAUUGUGAAACUUUACAACAAUUUGUUGAUAGUUGAGAAAAAUUUGACUUUUAUAAUCAAAGGAAAACAAAGAAGACAGAAAUCAAUUUCAUUAGAAAAAAAAAAUGUCUGAGGGAAAAAACAGUGACAAAAAUGAAGAGCAGAAAAUUAAUUGUCAAAUAAAAUUUGAUGAAAUUAAAAAUCAGGAGAAGCUUAACAAUAGUGAAUUUCUUGAUGAAAUUCAACAAGAUGAAAAAAAUGAUAAUAAUGAAUCGAAUAAAAUUGAACAAUUAAAAAUCGAUAAACUUAAUCAUGAUGAACACGAAAAACAUGAAUUUUUUGAUACAAUUCAAGAAUUAAAAAAUGAUAAUCAAUUUGAUUCAGAGAAGGAGAAUGAAAAAAAUGACAAUAUGAAAUUAUCUAAUAGAAUUGAAGAAUUAAAAAUUAAUUACGACGAUCAUGAUAAAAAAAAUUCAUCAAACAAAUUUAGACCAAUAAAAAAUUUAAAAUUCUGUGGAAUGCGAGAUCCAGUGCAUCCAGCACUUUUUAUAGAAAAUUUUGAAUUUUAUGCAACUGAAGAGAAUCUUAAUGAGGAUGAGAAACAAAAUCAUUUUGUUAAUUCACUUCGUAAAUAUGCGGCAAUUUGGUUAAAUGAUCGUGGAUAUGGUACCUAUGAUGAAAUGAAAGAAGCAUUUCUUUCAUUUUAUUGGAGUUCCGAUAUACAAGAUUUAUUUGUAAAAAAUUUAGAAACGGGAAAAUAUACAAAAAAAUGUCAAUUAUCAAUGGCAAAUUAUUUUUUUAAACAUGCAAUUGGUGCCAAAUAUUUAGACAUUUCACCAAGUGAAAAGGAAAUUAUUGAUAAAUUAAUGAAACAUUUUGAUAAACAUAUUGAAGAUGAAAUUUUAAUUCAAAAAGCAAAAACAAUGGAGGAAGUAAUUGAUAUAUUAAAAAGAAUCGAUAUUUUAAAAGGUACGAAUAAAAUUACCAAUUUAUCGCAAAAAGUUACUAAAUCAAUUAUUUCAACAAAUAAAAAAAAUAGUUACAAUACAUGGGGAUGGCUUUUUUUACUGUUAGCUAUCACUUCCGUUGGUCUUAAUUAUUUUAGUAAAAUUUUUAUGACAAAAUAAAUAUAAAUUUUCAGUAAUUUAUAGUUUUAUUAAUAAU